UUCAAUUAAUGAAAAAAAUAUUGAAAGAAUAAUCGAAUCAAGUGAAGUGGUCGUAAUUAAUUUUUAUGUAAACUGGUGUAGAUUCAGUCAACGAUUAAAGCCAAUUUAUGAGGAAGCAUGUAAAGAAGUUAGAAAGUUACAUCCAGAGCCGUCUAAAGUUGUGAUGGGCAGUGUUGACGUGGAUACUGAACAUACAUUGGGUCUAAAGUUCAAUAUUUGUGCUUAUCCCACCAUUAAAUUCAUUGUAAACGGCCAUACAAUUAAGCGACAGUAUCCAGGCAAAAGAACAGUUGAAGAACUUACACAAUUUGUUUCGAAAUUAGUCCAAGAUCCAGUGAUAGAAAUUACUCAAUUAGAGGAAUUUAUUGAUGUCGACUCUGAAAUAAUUUGUGGAAAAUUUAUUGGAUAUUUCAAUGAGAAAGACCAAAAAUAUGAUAGUUACCGAAGAGUAGCAAUGAAUUUUAAGGAAAACAGUACAUUUUAUGCUUGUUUUGGUGAUUCUAGCAAAAAUUUACAUCCAGGACAUUCUACGGUUCCUACGAUAAUUUUCCAUCCUGAUAAAAAUUCUUUUGAUGAACAAUCACAGACUUAUGGAGGAAAUUUAUCUUCUUUUGAUGAAUUAUUCAGUUGGAUAAAAGAUAAAAAUUUGUCAGUAGUACAUCAAGUAGAUACCAAAGAAUAUUUGGAUUAUUUAUUAGAUAAUGAAAAAUUGCCACUCCUUAUUUUAUACCAUGAAAAUAAUAGUGAUUUGGUAAAAACUUUUAAAAAUAUUAUUUCCACUCAACUUAUUGAUAAAAAAGAAAAACUAAUAUUUAUUGCGAUUAAUGUAUCUGAAUCAACAUAUUUCAAGGAUUAUCCAAAGCGAUAUAAGCCUAAUUUAGCUAUGAUUGAAAUAAAAAAUAUUGAAGGUUGUUAUGUAUUUCCUGAUUUUGACGAUUUAUAUAGUCCAGGAAAAUUGAAUGAAUUUAUAGACGACUUCUUUUUGGGGAAAUUGACAAAAUCUCCAUUUAUGUACAAUACCUUUCAAUGAUUCGUAACGGUCAAGAAUUUUACGGAAAAUGGAAACAUCAAAAUUUGGCCAACUCUAAAUAAAGAAAUCACUAAGAAAAAAAUUUAUAUAAAUAUUAUAUUAGAAAUA